UCUCUCUCUAAAGUCUAUGACCCUUGUUUCUCUAGCUGCCAUUGAUCGAAGUAUCGAACCCUAACUCACAGACUUUGCUAUAAUUGGAUCCUCCUUAAAGCUCCGUGUCGCGUCCUCCUUCGCUCUUUGAUUCUUUCCUUCUGGGUUUAUUGCAAGAAGAAGAAGCGAUGGAUUUGUGAAUUUUAGUUAUUAUCGCGUCGGUUUGUUGUAUUUCUAUAUUAGCAAAGUUCGUAGCUUUAUCGAAUCCUUGAAAGAUGUCAUCAGCUGAUGUUACGUUAAGCCCGGUACGUAACGAGCCAUCGAUGAUGCCUCUCGUCCAUGCCAAUUCCUGUGCUGAUUCCCUCCCUGACGAGACCAUUUUGAUCUACCUGACACUCCCCGGAACUCUGAUACCAAUGCGAGUGCUCGAAUCCGAUUCCAUCGAGUCCGUUAAGCUCCGGAUCCAGUCGUAUCGCGGGUUUGUAGUGAGGAACCAGAAGCUAGUUUUCGGUGGACGAGAGCUAGCGAGGAGCAACUCCAACAUGCGUGACUACGGCGUGAGUGAUGGCAACGUUCUUCAUUUGGUUGUCAAGGUCUCUGAUCUCCAGGUUCUUGAUGUCAAGACCACUUGUGGGAAGCACUGUAGGUUUCACGUUGAGAGAGGGAGGAACAUUGGGUAUGUGAAGAAGCAGAUUUCGAAGCAGAAAGGUGGGGACUUUGUUGAUUCCGAGGUGCUUUACGAAGGUGAGAAGCUCGAGGACCAGAGUCUUGUUAACGACAUUUGUAGGAACAGUGACGCUGUUUUGCAUUUGCUUGUCAGGAGAUCUGCUAAAGUUAGGGCUAAGCCUGUGGAGAAGAACUUUGAGCUGUCUAUUGUUGCUCCUCCGCAAGUUGAUGUCAAGAGAGUUAUUGAAGCUGCUGAUGGUAUUGUGCAGCCAAUGAAGCAGCUUUUGAAUGACUUCUCUUUGGAGCCGGUUAUAGUUAAUCCCAAGGCGAACUUGCCUGAAGUGGUUAAAGAUAUGGUUAGCUCUGCUUCUGAUGGACUAAGAAGUGGGAAUCCUCCGGUGAGGUCAAGAGAGGGAACAGGUGGAGCUUAUUUCAUGCAGGGCUCAUCCGGGAACAAAUAUGUUGGUGUGUUUAAGCCUAUCGAUGAGGAGCCAACAGCUGAGAACAAUCCACACGGACUGCCACUUUCGCCAAACGGUGAAGGUUUGAAGAAAGGAACAAAGGUUGGAGAAGGUGCGUUGAGGGAAGUUGCUGCUUACAUAUUGGAUCAUCCCAAGAGUGGACGCAGAUCUAUGUGUGGUGAAGAGAGAGGCUUUGCUGGUGUGCCUCCCACGACUAUGAUUGAAUGUCUGCAUCCCGGUUUUAACCAUCCCAAUGGAAUCAAAACCAAGAUUGGAUCACUUCAGAUGUUUACCGAGAACGAUGGCAGCUGCGAGGAUAUGGGUCCAGCUUCAUUUCCAGUAGAGGAAGUUCACAAGAUAUCUGUUCUGGAUAUUAGACUGGCCAAUGCAGAUAGGCAUGGUGGAAACAUUUUAAUGAGAAAGGACGAGAACGGAAAGAUUGUUCUGAUUCCAAUUGAUCAUGGAUACAGCUUGCCUGAAAGCUUUGAGGAUUGCACGUUCGAGUGGCUUUACUGGUCACAAGCUCGGAAACCAUACUCUUCCGAGACACUGGACUACAUAAGAUCACUGGACGCGGAGGAAGAUAUCAGCCUCCUCAAGUUCCAUGGCUGGAAAAUGCCAUCGGAAACGGCUCGAACACUCAGAAUCUCAACGAUGCUACUGAAGAAAGGAGCAGAAAGAGGGUUGACAGCAUUUGAGAUUGGGAACAUGAUGUGUAGAGAAACUCUGGCCAAGAAAUCUCUAGUGGAGGAGAUGGUAGAGGAAGCUCAAGAAGCGGUGCUUCCCGAGACGAGCGAGGCUACAUUCAUGGAAGCCUUGUCUGAUGUGAUGGACUACCAUCUUGAUGAGGUGGUUCAUGUGUGAAUCGUUCUCUUAACUUGAAACUAUGCAAUGAAACUGGGAAACUCGAAACUUGUCACACAAGCAAACCACCUUACAACUAAUAAGAGCACAUUACAAAAAGCAGAUUGACGAGAGCUUCCGAAGAAAGAUAUAACAUAAAUCGAUUCACAGUUAAGACUAGUUCACGUAGAUUCUUCUUUUCAGAUGUUAAAUAUCAGUAUCAUUCGGGAUCCAAGCUCACUUAGACGAAGGCCCCUGUAGACCAAAGCUCUUCACCUCUACGGUGGAUGCUCACUACCUAUGCUCUCGUGGACCGUGGUCAAAGGCUUGGCCGACAAGGCGACAACACGUGUAGAUGCUUUCUAAUUCUACGUGUGAUGUGUGAUGUGGCUAAACGUUGUGCCGCCCAGCUGAAACGUGGCAUCAUCUUUUUGUUCAUCAUCCUUGUUUUAGUUGAUAUAAGUAUGAGAGAAAGAGAAGACAUGAGGCAUUUGGGGAAGUGGUAAGAACGAUGGAGAAGAAGAGUAAGGAGAAAGAAGGAGAAGCUGAGAAAACAAGACAAGAAGAAGAAGAAGAAGAAGAAAGAAGAUGGGGAGAGAGCAACAGUGAAGGGUCUUCCACACGAGCAAGUGCGCCAGCCCGGGAAAGAUUUCUCCAGCGAAGCUCUCGAGAAUAUCCCAAAAUCCCAAGUGAAGUGAAGUGUGUUUGACCUUGAUACUAACAUAGUCUCUCUCUCUCUCUGCUUUCAUCAUGUUUGUUUGGAAAUCAGAAUAUGCAAGCAAAGAGAUAGAAGGAGUGUGACCGUUUACUUCCACGUGGGUCUGUAUUGAUAUAGUUCAUGGUUCAUACCAUUUGUCGAGUGAAAGAAAGAAUCAAUGAACAACCUCAUGGUUAAUUGUAUAAAGUGUUGGAUCAUUCAUAAAUACUUGGAUCCUGCUCGUCUGAAUAAUAAGUUUUAGUAUUGUAACAGUUACAAUCAAUGCCACUAAUUUUGACAAACAUAUAUAAUGCUUACAUGGAGUGUAGAUCUAUUUUCUUGUUUAAAGAUUAAAAGAUUUUUUUGUUCUUUUUUGAGCAACAAAGAGUAAAGAUUAAAAUAAGGAAUUUGUGGCAAAUAUUGCAAAAGAAUUCAACUAGUUAAAAAGAAUGCAAAAUGUGGGAAUAAUCGUGGUCGUCAUCAUCAUACAAGAGAAAACAGCAAGGCUCACAUACUUAAAUCAAACCAUGGAGAAUGGCAGUUAAAAA